AUGGUUCGGAGCUCAAUAGCGACGUUCGUGUUCGUGUUCGUGUUGUUGUUUUUGUUUUGUUCGUGAGAAGGUUUGAAGUUUAAACUCGACGUCGACGUGGCUCCGCCAGCGUCACCGCAGCCGCCGGCAUGAGCGAGUCGAGCAGCAGCGACGUGUUUGCGGACAAGAGCAAACGGAAGAAGAGGAAGGAGCUGAGCGACGAGCAGAAACACGAAAUACGAGAAGCCUUCGAGCUGUUCGACACGGACAAGGACGACCAAAUCGACUACCACGAGUUGAAGCCAGCCCGGCGAGGUCUUCCGACUUGUCAUGCUUUGUUUGGCCAUGAGGUGGCGAUGCGAGCGCUGGGCUUCGAGUUGAAGAAGGUGGACGUCAUGCAGAUCCUGAAGGACUACGACAUGGAAGGAAGCGGCAAAAUAGCCUUUGAGGACUUCAACGAAGUGGUGAGCGAGCUGAUCCUGCAGCGUGACCCCAAGGAGGAGAUCCUGAAGGCCUUCCGGCUGUUCGACGACGACGAGUCGGGAACCAUCAGCCUGAGGAACCUGAAGCGCGUGGCCCGGGAGCUCGGUGAGAACGCCAGCGAGGAAGAACUGCGCAGCAUGAUCGACGCCUUCGACGGCGACGGCGACGGCGAAAUCAACCAGGAGGAGUUCCUGUCCAUCAUGAGCGGAGCGUCGUGAAGAUGUUAUCUCGUCGCCCUUCCCCGGAAGGUCGCAACCCGAUGAACUU